AUGGCCGAUUAUUCGCACAGAAAGAGCACAGUGCGCGAGGCGCUCAUCGGCUCGAACCUGCUGUCGUCCACCCAACGAGUCAGCGAUGGAAAAUUACGGGGCAGGUACCUGUUUCGCGCGUCCGUGAGGCUCGUCAUGGAGUACAUCGAGUGGAUAGGCAGCGAAGCGCUGAUGGACCGUGAAAACGUCACCGCCAACGUCAAACUCGCCAAACAGAGGAAAGCCUCCAAGCUGGACCUCACGGUCAAGGAUCGGUCGAUACUGCUGCUUUCGCCGGACAAGAGGUCCAAGGAGGACAUUGAGUACGCGAGGUCCGUCAUAGUAAACACGAAGGCGUUCAAGAAGUAUCCGGAGGAUAUCAAGGGGUCCCUGGCUGCCGAGUGCGGUUACCAGUACGUGCUCCCCCAAAGGACCGUGACUCGGCAGGGACACGAAGCCACGGCCCUCUACUACGUCGUGCGAGGGACACUCGAUAUUUUCAAAGAUGUCACCGACAAGACCACGGGCCAGAUAAAUCAAACGAUCGUCGGAUCACUGGAGCCCGGCGAUAUGUUUGGCGAAAUAGCUCUCCUUCACAACGUACCGAGAACAGCGACAGUGGUGAGCAGAACGUCCAUUGACCUGUUUGUAGUAUCCCGAAGUGUGUUUAACAAAAACUUGAAGAAUUACCUCAUGGAAGAGUGGGACGUGCUUCGCGAUGCCUUUGUUAAUUUCAAUUAUUUCAAAGGCUGGAGCGAAGAUACGAUCCGCGAGUGCUGCAUUUUGAGUAAAGUGAUAAACUAUGAUCCAAACGAGGUGCUCUUGGGGGACGGUCGAGGAAUGGUGCACUACGUAUACUUCAUUCUUUCCGGGGAGUGCAGACUCGUGGAGCACAUGCUCGUUGAUAAGAAAAAGUCGUCCGAUGGAAAGCAGGCCAAGUACAAGCUCUACGACAGUCAGAGCAAAGACAAGAAUCCCACUAGGCAGCGCAAAGCCAGGAGUAAGAUGAUCGUUGAUCUCGCUUUGAAUGACGACUUUCAAUCGAUGAUAUUGAAAAACAUUGCUCAGAACACUGAUGACAGUACAGUGACCGCGGGACAGCAAGCGUCGGCGACUGAUAACAUUAUAAAUUUAAUAUCGUCCAAGAAGGACGAGAAUACAAAUAUUGCUAUGGAACGAAUCAGCGUGAUCACUGUAACUCUCCAGGAUGUCAUAAACCAAUGGCAUGAAAUCACCGACACCGUGGAGAUGUUGAUGAAGCGGCCGUCCGUGACAAACUUUCGGUAUUAUCCGAAAAGCGUGGAAACGAUAUUUAUGCAAAUUUGUAUUCUUUACAGAGGUGCAUGUUUUGGAUUGGGUGAACAAAUGAAAAAUCGCCGAAUCGUUUCCAUCACGCCGGUAAAGUGCCUCUUGAUUCCGCGUUUCUGGUUGACGAAACACAAUCGAGCCAACGUAUGGGAAAGGGUGAAAAGUUUCUUGAAUUUCAAGUAUCCCAGCCAUCAAGAAUUAUUUCAUAAAUUCACGAAUCAUAAAAGGUGGACCGAGUAUAAGAAAAAUUAUGUUCAAAAGCUUAGGAAAGAGAAGCGCAAUUUACCCAACGAUACGAAAUAUUACGAUAAUAUCAUGUACUUUGUUUCACUUACAGAAUUUUCCAAAUAA